AUGAUCCAAGACGAAGCCACUCAAGUCGAAGGGAUGUUCGAAGCGGCGGCACUGAAGCCGCUGGUUGGGACCUCCGUAUGGGACCCGGUGACCAAGCACAUCAUGUGCUUCUGUUCGGAUGACAUGGGUCCUGGUCCGGAAGCCCACGCGACGGGUCCGGAAGCGGAGGUCCAGUCGAGUACUUCGUCGGUGUGCCGACGGAACCGAUGCUUCGCAGACGGGCGGAAAAGUGGCGAUCGAAGCGACGCAGAAGUGGGUGGCACCGAUCGCAAGUGGGUGGCACCGAUCGCAGGCGAGUGGAGCUCUUGGAAGUGGAAAGACCUCCUGAAUUGGCGGCGCUCCCCUCUCAAUAAAGACCUCCUGAAUCAUGAUGCCUUAGGAAGACCAUGUGAAGACCAUGAAAUCCUAAACAGCACGACUGUUCUCGGUGAUCUUAGAUCUUCCACCAAUGACCUCAUUAUGACUGGGCGUACGUAA